UCGUGAUGCGCAGGUUUUAGACGACAGCAUGAUCAUAAAGCAAGAUAUGGAAGUAGUUAGAAGUGUAUGGAAAAAGCCGCUUUUGGUGUAUAAAGUCGGAUUACAGGCAUCUUUUAGAAAUAGCACCAGUAGUAGUUCAGCAUCAAAGGUAACAAAAAAGGAAGAUGUUUCUAUUAAAGAUGAUGAUCUACGAAUAUCAAGCACAAAUGUUGAUUUGAAUUUACAAAAUGAUGCUGCAUUUAAUGCUCUUGUUUCUACUGAAGAGUUAUUAGCACAAUUAGGAUUGGCUAGGGAAUUUGCAACUGAUAGUCAAGUUGAACACCCUUAUGUUGAUAAGUUAAAAAGGGUACAAAUGAUCUUGUUUGAUCUGAGCCAUGCUAUAUCAAAGCCAAUACCUGGGAAAAAUAAAUCAUUUGAAAGCAAACACAUUAUUGAUUUGGAAGAAUGGAUAGCAGAGUAUGCCACUCAACUGCCUCCUCAAGAAACUUAUAUUAUUCCGGGUGGUGGUAAAGCUUGUUCUACAUUGCACUCGGCUAAAGCGAUAUGUAAACGUGUAGAGAGAAAUGUUGCAUCUUUGGUUCAAGAUGGUUUAUUAAAUAAAGAAGCACAAAUAUAUUUAAAUAAGUUACAAAAUUUUCUAUUAACGACAUCACGUAUUGCAGCUAAGUGCGAUCAACGUGUAGAAAACAUAUAUAUUCCAAGAGUAGAAGUUGAAAACGAUAAAAAGAACUAAAUCGUAAGCUGUAUCGGACAAAUCCAUAGCAUGUCAU